AAUUUGAAUCAAUUAGAGAGAUUGAAUUGAGUCAUUAUUUUUCUAUUGAAUAACGAGUAAAAAAAAAAGUUGGAAUUUUUAUAAUGCAUGUGAUAUCAAUGAUAGUAAUUUUAUUGUCAGUGAAUUAUGUAUUUCCACGACAAUCAGAUUAUUGUUCGGCUGAUGAUGAUGAUCCAUAUCUCAAUAUGGCAACAAAAACAGCGUAUGAUUUUAUUCGUGGUCGCCAGGGAGACAUACAAUCAGUACCAAAUUGUCAACCACUUCAAAUAUGGAUGUUAGCAAGAUAUGGAACUCGUUAUCCAGAAAAAAAAAAUACCAUGAAACUUUUGGAAUUAAAAAAUAUGAGAGAUCAAAUUGUACGGAAUCACGAAACAAGACGAUCUGGAAAAUUAUGCAGAAGUGAUUUGGAUAAUUUAAAACAAUGGGCACCACAUCAAAACAUGACAAUUGAUAUGUCACAACAAUUAACACCACAAGGUGAAGAAGAUAAUAUAUUAUUAGCAAGACGAUUAAAAUCACAUUUUCCAGAGCUUUUACAACCAAAAAAAUAUGACAUAACAUCACAAAAUUAUAUAUUUAAAAGUGUAAAAAAUGAUCGUUCAAUAAAUAGUAUGAAAGCUUUUAUGGAGGGUUUAUUUGGAAGUAAAUAUGCUGUUGAUACAAUUUCACCAAAUGAAGAUGACACACUACUACAACCAUAUAAAAAUUGUACAAAGUGGGAAAAUGGUGAUGAAACAGAUCCUCCAACUCUUGCUGAACAUAAUAAAUUUAAAAAUAGUGAAGAAUUUAAAAAUCUUAUUUACAAUGUCAGUCGAAGAAUUGGUUUUCAAUAUGAUUUAUCAUCUGAUGUUUUAUUAUCCAUGUAUGAACUGUGUCGAUUUGAAAAAUCUUGGAUAUUAAAUAAUUUAUCACCAUGGUGUGCAGUUUUUAGUAAAGAUGAAUUGAAAAUUCUUGAAUAUUAUGAAGAUCUUGAUUAUUAUUAUAGAGCUGGUAAUGGCAGAAAAGUUAAUAAAUUAAUUGGUUGUUUUCCACUACAAGAUAUGGUCAAUAAUUUUCGAUCAUUGGAGAGAGGUGAUACUGAAGGAAAACCCAAAGGAAUUUUUUACUUUAGUAAUUCAAAAACAAUUAUUAGUUUUUUGAGUACAAUGGAUAUAAUGCCAAAUCAAAAUCCUCUUACUUCUGAUAAUUAUAAAGAUAAUAUUAAACGCCAAUGGAGAACAUCAAAAAUUGAUCCUUUUAGCUCAAACAUUGUUGCUGUAUUUUACAGAUGUAAAGAAGAAAAAGAAUCACCAAAUAAAGUUAUGUUUUAUCUUCAAGAAAAACCAUUAUUAUAUGAAGGCUGUCAAGUUGGUCUAUGUGAUUGGGAAUAUUUAAAAAAUAAAUUUGGUUCAAUAGCUAAUGAGUGUAGCAUUGAUGCUUGUGAUAAUAAAAAUAUUGCAGUGUUAUAUAAAACUUCGACAGUUAUGAUAAUGUCAUUUGUUGUAUUAUUGUUGAUAAAACACUAAUUAAUUAUUAGUUUAAGUCAAUAUUAAUCAUCACAAAUUUUUAUGUAAUUUAAUUAAAUAUCUGUGUUGCUAUUGUUAGAGUAUAUUAAAUAAAUAAUUGUGUGUUUUUAUUUUGUCAAUAAAAUUAUAAUUAUAAUUGCACUUUAAUUUUAAAUUUAAUCAUGUUUGUUUUCAAAUUAAAAUAUUGAAAAUAAAAUUUUAUUUUGAUUUGAUAAUUUAUUAUUUUUAUUUACACUAUUAUUAACUGAGGAAAUAAAUUAACAACAAUAAAUAAUUAAAAAUACACAAAGUAUUUUUCAACUAUUCAUUGAAUAAUUUUUUGUUUUUUUUUUCUUUUGGCAACUAUUAUUUUUAUAAUUAAAUAUUUUUAUUAUUAUUAAAAAAAACAAUAAUUUAAAUUAAUGUAUUUAUUAUGUGAAUUAUUUAUUAUAAAUAAUAAAAAAAAAAUUACUU